AUGAGGGACGGAUGCCCGGUUCGAGACGAUGACGAUCGAGACGCCACUUCCAGCAAGGAUGACCGACACAGAGGACCCACUACCCUAAAAACAGACGACCAAUUCCGUGGGUGUUUUGUGGGGGGAGGUUGGGAGGGGGCGGGCGGGGGAGGGGGGGGGGGGGGGGGGGGUGUGGGGGGGAUGGGGGCGGGGGGGGGGGGGGGGCUGGGGGGGGGGGGGGGGAGCGGGGGGGGGAGGGGGGGGGGGGGGGGGGGGGGGGGGGGGGGGUUGUGGGGGGGGGGGGGACGGGCGGGGUGGGGGGAGGGUGGGCGGGGGGGGGGGGGGGGUGGGCGGGGCGGGAGCCCGAACGUGGGUUGGGGGGGUGGGGGGAUGGGGGGUGGGGGGGGGCGGGUGGCGGGGUGGGGGGGUUCUGACCGCAUGUGGUUAGUGGUGUUUUGGUGGCCGCGGUUUUGUUUGGGUUGGGGUUUGUUUUUUUUUUGGGUUUACGGAGGCGGUUUGCUGUUUCUGUGUUGUUGUUUUGAGGAUUUCUGUGGGCCGGGGGGGGUGGGCGGCGGGGGGCGGGCGGGGGUUUUUUGUAGUGGUGUCUGUAUGGUGUGUUCGGGCGUGUGUUGUUGA